AUGAAGAGCAGAACCACGAUUACGCCAGGGCAACAUGCCUUGAUUCGAUUGCCUUCAGAGGGACUCAGAAUUGUGCUUUUGAGGGAGGAAGGUACCAUCUCCUUGGGAAAAUUUGGUGCUUUCAAAGUGAGCUCCAUCUUGGGACACCCAUUUGGCACAACUUUUGAGGUGAGAGAUGAGCAAGAGGCUGUUCCAAUUAAGUCGUUGACAAGUCAGGAGGACAAGGCCGAAGUGGAAAAUGAAGAAGACGAAGUUUCUGAGAAGGAGGCCCUCAUAAAGUACUUUGAGAAGUCCGCUGAGAACAACCAGGACAUUAUCAAUGUGGGGCUGAAGAUCCAGAAACUUGAUAACAAGCAGAUCGACGAUUUGAAGAAGCUGGGAGCCUCCAGUGAGAUCGGACAAAAGAUUAUUGAACAGAUCAUCGCUGGCCAUGCAGCGUUCGAUAAGAAGACCGUCUUCUCUCAGCAGAAGUACUUGAGAAGAAAGCAGAUGAAGUUUUUGCGUCGCUUCCAGGUGGAGUACCUUGGAAGCUCUCAGCUCCUCCAGUAUUUCAUUGAAAAAGAUAUGCAAAAAGUGUUGGAUAUGAGCGAAGAAACUCUCGGACUUUUGCUCAGUUACGCCAAUGUGCGUCCAGGAGGUAGAUAUCUCGUCUUGGACGACACCUCCGGUGUUGUUGUCUAUGCUAUGAUGGAGAGAAUGCAAGGAAGGGGCCAGAUUAUGCUAGUUCACGAGAACGAGCAUGCCAACUUGGCUGCCUUAAGAUACCUGGACUACCCUGAGGAGCUUCAGGAACAAAUGAUAACACCCCUCAGUUGGCUCCAGUUCCUUGAGCCUGAGGACGAAAAGAUUGAAUGGCUGGAGCUUCCUCAGGAGGAGAUUGAUGCAUUGAAGCCGAACAAGAGAUUGCAGUACCACAGAAGACUGAAGAAGGCAGCAGAUAUCAAUAAAGCUUUGGACUCAGUGCUUCAUGGAAACUUCGACGCCUUGGUCUCGUGCUCUACUUUGAGCAUUCCGUCAUUUUUGCCCCACGUCAUUGAGAGAGUCGGCGGCUCGAGGCCGUUGGUCUUCUACAGCACAUUCAAGGAGAUGCUCCUAGAAGCCCAACACGAGCUCACGAAAGAUAAGCGUGUUUUGGCGCCAUCCAUUUUUGAAACCCGUGCCAGAGUUUAUCAGACAAUCCAAGGUCGUUUGCACCCUCUCAUGACUUCCAGAGGUUACGGUGGAUAUGUUCUUUGGGCGACCAGGGUUAUUCCUGCUGGAGGACAUAUUCAAGCUGUCGGCAAGGGCUCCAGAAAGAAGGCCAAGCAGGAAGUUCCAGAGAAAGAGGAGCCUGCUAAAGAAGCGCCCGUGAAGGAAGAAGGCGACACCAUGGACACGAACUAA